AUGCUGCACACGACAGCGUCCGAAAUUCGUUGCGGGGCCAUGCCUGGCGCAGAAAGCCGGGCCUCCGGUUUUGCUGCUGCCGUGCGUCUUUCCUUUUCCAACACCGUGGACGUGGCCAUGGAGGGGACUGCUACUGCAAGUGAUGUUAUCGGAGCAGUGAAGGCGAAGUUGCCUGGAGAGCUUUGGCACGGAAACGUCUUGCUGUCACGCGGCACGCGGAAGUUCACGGACACAGACGAGAUGCUGCCGCAGAGGGAGGCUGGCAAUGAGUUGGCCCUGACCAACUACAGCCGCUUACAUUCAGCCGGCACUCCGCUCCAAAUCCCAACAGAGCUCGGCGGCAUUACCAUCCCGCAGAUUCAGGCCCUACUCGCCUUCAUGCAGGGUAUGGUCCAGUGUUGGUUUGGCACCUUUGGUGCAGAGUGCGGGCAACCUUUGUCCUUCGAGUGCUUCAAUCUGUAUCAUGCGGACUACUGGAUCUUGCGGCCGGCGACUGCAGGAGCAGGUGGGCGCGGCUGCAGCUAUGUGGAGCUAGUGGCCGAGAGCACAGAAGCGCAACGUCCCACGUGGUUUGUAUCACAUGCCUGGAAAGAACCAAUCGUGCUGUUCCUCCGGUGCUUGCUCCGCCACGCGGCCGUGCGAGACUUGCGCGGAGACCCUGCAUACUGGGUCUGUGCCUAUGCGAACAACCAGCACGCACUGGGCGAUGCCAUCCCGAGAGAUCCGCGCAAAUCAUCAUUUUACUUGGCGAUGAUGCUCUGCCGUGGAGUGCUGCUGGUGCUGGAUGCUGCAGCCACGCCCUUUCAGAGAAUCUGGUGCUGCUUCGAGGAAGCAAUUGCAGUUGAAAACUCCGCCAAGCUUUUUCUGGACGUGGCGGCGACAAGCGGCGAUGUGGCCCACAUCCUUACGGAUGGCCUUGCGGGAAAGGAGGCCAAGUUGCUGCCCCUGUUGGGGCUUCUUGCCAAAUCCCGGCGUGAGGAACUUUUCCCGGCCAAUUUACUGGAGCACGGACUCGGAGUCCGCAUUGAGAUUGCCGAGGCUACCAGGGAGGAAGACAAGACGCGAAUCUUGAACAGCAUUGCCUGCCCACGGGCAGGAACACAGGCCUUGGAUGAGGCGCCAAACGGGGAGCACGACAACUAUGGAACCGUGAAUCGAGCAUUGAGGAGCCACUUUGCGUUGAGCAGCCUCUAUGCAUGCUACGCUCAAGACGCAGACCCGACCAAUUUCCUGUCUGCACUCCGUGCGGACGCUGCCCGCCUUUCCGUGCAGCUCUCGUUGACUGGCUGCAAACACUUCAGAGAUGCACAGAUGCGAGCGCUCUUGGCUCAUUUGCCAAGAACUCUUCUGUGCCUCCGCCUGGACCUUGGCCACACAGGCCUGCAGACCAUCGCAGUGGACGGCUUUUGCUGCCAGCUGCGCACACUGCAGCUUCGCUUCUCCGGGGCGUCGCUGCGAGAAGCUGGUGGCAUAGCAUCUCUCCUCGGCACGGCCCAAGCUUCCUUGCUCCACUUGGAGCUUUGGUUUGCAGCCUUGCCGAUGCUUGAAGAGCUCAGUCUCAGCGAAGCUUUGCUGAAGCUUCGCUUGGAGGAGUUGUCUCUCCACGUCCAAGGCUGCCCCAAGGUUUCCCAAUCUUCGAAGCAGGCAUUGCACGAUGCCGCCCGAAAGCUCCAGAGCCGUGACACGGACUUGCAGAUGUGGCUCUGCAUCGAGGAUGCCGCGACGUGGAUACAGCAGCUCCGGCGUCUGCUGCCCAAGCACGAGAAGCCGCUGGAUGGCCUCCGCUUCCAAGGCACCGGCUCGGAGAAAGGGCAAAGCACGAGAAAAACAGAAUCCGAGAUCGACCAGGACUUGCCGUUUCCAUGCAGCCACGGGCGCUGCCCACGCUUCCAUGCGAACCUGAAUGGAUAUUGCGACGAGCACUUCUUCUGCAGCCUCCGGCGGAGUGUCUUCAACACCCUCCAAGAGGCUCGGCGUUGGUCCGAGUUGGCUCUGAUCUUUUUCGUGCAAGCAGCUGCCGACAUCGAGUCCAAAGGCCUGCUGCUCCUGAUUCUGCUAUCCCUGUAUCCGGUUCUUGUCUUUGGCGUGGCGAACGAGAGCGGCUUCUCUGUCUCCUCGCUGUCCACGCUGUUUCUGGCUCUGCUGGUUGCCACCUUCGCCUUCGCAAGUUUCCGUUUCGACCAGAUGCAGCGAGCGGCACGAGAGUUCUCUUUGUCCUCGGAGGCUUUCUACUCGAAGGUGUUGGAGGAUGACGGGCACCUGUCCCACACCUCGCUGGUCUUCGGUGUAGCUGGGGACAAAUAUCCAAGCGUGGACCAAGUGCGGCAGGAGACGGUGAGCGACUUGAAAAGCAGCUUUCUGUCCGCGCGGCAGCACCUUCCGAACUUUGAGAGCGCGGUGCGGGAGGUUGUGAGGGCAGUGGAUGCAGAAGGCAUGGAAGCACACCUGAAGUGCGGAGAUGAGGCUCUCCUUGCUUCUGAGUGCCAAGGAGCUGUGGACAUCUUGCAGUAUGAGAUCUACUGCAAAGACAUCCUGCACAUGCGGCAAACAUGGAACGAGCUGAGCAGGGCUUUCCAGGGCGAAGAGCAGCCGAUCCGCAUCGUGGCCUUGCGAGACGGCUUCGCAGAAGAAGACAGCAAGCGCAGGUGCUGUGAAGUCGUGCUUUGCGUCGAGGGCUACUUCGCCACCGUGCUGCUUUUGGAGCGAUCUUUGGAUUCCGCAGAAAGGAAGCUUGUAGGCCUCUACCGCAUGAAUUUCGGCCUUCUGGUGGAGCCACGACCCGGCAGAGGCCAAGAAAGCAAGCAGGAAACGAAGGUGAAGAGGUCUCCGAGACCUUCUCUGUGGCUUACCAUUAUCCUGGGCCUGGUCAGGGCGACGGCUCUGCUCUGCAGCGGGUAUUUCGCCUCACAGUACUUCCUGCGCUACGGGCCGCCGGAGCUGCGCGAGAGGCUGCCGGGGCUCGGUGCUUUGCUGAAGAUUGAAGACGCGGAGGACAGAUCCUGGUUCCUGGCAACCAGCCUGGCCCUUCCCUAUGCCGCCCUUGUCCUUGUUUUCAGCAACUUGUCUACACUCUGA